CCAAGAGUCACCUAGUCAGCGCUGAUGGCGACAUAGGUAUCAGUGCCGCCAGUGGAAAAAUGCUAUAAUUCAAAGACUCGCACGCACAACACUCGAAGUAGCGUGCAGACUACUAGUUCGUUAACCACAGCGUUCUACAGCUCCAAAAUGGCCUUUUCAUUGGCCAUGGCCUGGAGCGAGGGCGAAAAGAAGAUGCAAGAACUCCUCGAUGUACCUGAUCUAGAUAAUCCGACAUCCAGCAUGCUCACCCCGCAAGCGUCUUUUAUGCUCCAGAACGCCCCCCUGCUCGCUCUCGGAACCCUAGACUCGAAAUCUCGCCCCUGGACUGCACUUUGGGGCGGUAUUGUAGGCUUCACUGAGAUCUUGGGGGGUGGUUAUAUCGGAACAAAGACCUUGGUAAACAGCAAGAACGAUCCAGUGGUACAAGCACUAGUGGGAGAUGUGAACUGGGGGAUGACCUUGCAGCAACAAGAAGGCGGAAAGAUGAUCGCAGGGUUGACGAUUGAUUUAAUAACAAGAAAGAGAGUCAAAAUUGCGGGGAAAAUGGUUGCUGGCACACUCAAGAAAGAAGAGAUCGAAUCUGAAAGCACCGAAGAGCAAAAAGGUGCUGUGCCUGACACACACGCCCAAAUUCAACUCAUCAUGAAAAUCGAGCAGAGCCUAGGAAACUGUCCCAAAUAUCUCAACCAAUACAAGAUCGAACCCGCGCUACUAAGUUCAGAGCUAGUAUCACAAGGACCUGAGCUGUCAGAUGCAGGUAAAGCUUUGAUAGAACAGUGCGACAUGUUCUUCCUUACCACCAGUACCCAAAUCGACAUGGACACUAAUCACCGUGGGGGACUCCCGGGAUUUGUUCGUAUCAUAUCGUCUAACCAGAUCAUCUUUCCUGAAUAUUCAGGCAACCGAUUCUACCAGUCCCUAGGCAACCUACUAGCGAAUGACAGGAUUGGCCUCACCUUCCCUAACUAUGAGACUGGCGAAGUCCUAUACACGACUGGCACAGCUACCAUUCUUGUCGGCACAGAUGCAGCUAGGCUACUACCAGGGUCGAAUCUUGCUGUACAGAUAAGGCUCGAGGAGACGAUAUUUGUGAAACGCGGGCUGCCGUUUCGCGGUGAAAGGAAAUUACGAAGCCCUUACAAUCCCCUCGUACGCACACUCGCUUCGGAAGGAAACAUGAAGUCCUUUCUGUCGCCCUCUACCAUACAAUCUGCACGACUGGUCAAAAAGGUUCCCCUCACACCUUCGAUAGCACGCUUUACUUUCGCAGUUUCCGGAGGCGUCACGUACCUGCCCGGCCAAUGGGUUGCACUGGAUUUCAAGUCAGAACUCGAUAUCGGGUACUCGCACAUGCGUAAUGAUGAUCCGAGGAGUCUGAAUGACGAUUUUGUGCGGACGUUUACCAUUUCUUCCACGCCCAUAGGGAAUGAAAGGGAAUUUGAGAUUACAGUCCGGAAAGUCGGACCCGUGACAGACCAUCUGUUCCGGCAGAACGAGCGUUCUGGAUUCGAAGUGCCAAUGCUUGGUGUGGGAGGCGAUUUCACGGUAGUUCAGACUGGAGAUGGGAUCACGCCGUUCUUGGCGGGUGGUGUGGGCAUUACACCGCUUCUUGGGCAGCUAUAGAGUCUAAAUCUCGAUUCGCGGCGUUUCAGGCUCCUGUGGGCUAUUAAGCUGGAUGAUAUCAAUCUCGUUGUAGACAUACUGCAGCGCUAUGCUGGACUUGCUGGGUGUGCUAAACUCUUCUUCACUGGCAGGGCUUUGCAAAAUGACGUUCAAGACAAGGUAGAAAGCUUGAAGGGCUUAGGGGCGGAAGUAGCGAUGAGAAGGAUAAAGCAAGAAGACGUUGAUGCUGUAGAACUAUCAGUUUGGUACCUUUGCGCUGGUACGCUGCUUAAGAAGGAGAUUCUGACUUGGCUGCAAGGGAAGGAAGUUGUUUUCGAGAACUUUGACUAUUAAUAUCCAUGCAAAGAUGAGUCG